AUGAAGCACUCCUUUGUGACUCCAAUUGUAGCUAUUUUAACAGUUUCCUUGUUGUUUCAAUUUCAAAUAUCAGCCAUUAGCCAUGAUGCGAUAUCGUUUAGAGUUUUGCAGCAGAAAUCUUACUACUUUGGUUCUACCUUUAAGCUAAACUGGCACAAGGCGUCUGCAUUCUGUAGGUCUCAAGGUUUAUUCCUAGUGUCGAUCAAUAACCAAGAGCAACUGGAUGGAGUAAUUGACUAUGUAAAGAAAAGUGGCUUUUUUAACACCGACAAGACGCUACAGAUGUGGACCUCGGGGAACGAUCUGGGAGAGCAGAAUCAAUUCAUCUGGACAUCGACGGGUGAACGGAUAGUGCUCGAUCGUUGGUCCGUGGGCGAGCCUAACCAUGCGAAAGAGAACGACUGCAUAAUAGAGCAGUGUGUAGUACUGCAGCACUACGAGCCUCCAGUACCCGGUGGAGCAAACUAUUCGUUAGACGAUAGGACUUGCCAUAGGGAAUAUUACUUUAUGUGUGAAUCGUUAGAUAGUUAG